ACAUCAUUCCUUUUUACUGCUUUGUAAAAGAAAACAGAAAAGGCUUUUCAUAGGGUUUUCAUGCUGCAUUUGUGCUUGAGUUCAAAUCCACCCAGUCUAUUGGCCAAAAUAGAAGUCACUCCGUUUUUUAUUUUUAUUUUUUAAAUGGGAAAUGUUGCCACACGCUCACCUUCUGCCAGCGUUGGUAGCGAAUCCACAUUUGUGUUGCUUCCCUCGUUUAAAAAAAAAACAAAACAAAUCCAUCUUGGAUUUCUGUCCGCAGUUUCGACCUGGUCACGAAUGGCGGGAUAGCCGUCGUUCUGCGUUUCGAACGGGCGCCCUUCAUCACGCAGGAUCACACGCUCUGGCUGCCCUGGAAUCACUUCUUCGUCAUGGAGACCAUCGUCAUGCGACACGAAGAAAACGACAUCCCCAGUUGUGACUUGAGCAACUUUGCCCGGCCAAACCCGGUGGUUUCCCCCACUCCGCUGACCGCCUUCGCCAGCUCCUGUUCCGAGCGAGGCCCCAUCGUGCCAGAGAUCCAGGCCUUACAAGAAGAGAUUAAAAUUUCAGGGACCAAAAUCAAGCUAAGCUACCUGAGCAGUCGUACGUCCGGCUACAAAUCGGUCCUGAGGAUCAGCUUGACCCAUCCCACCAUACCGUUCAACCUUAUGAAAGUCCACCUCAUGGUGGCGGUGGAAGGACGCCUCUUCCGAAAGUGGUUUGCUGCAGCUGCUGAUCUCUCUUAUUACUUCAUCUGGGACAAGACGGAUGUCUACAAUCAGAAGGUGUUUGGGUUAUCCGAAGUCUUUGUCUCAGUGGGCUACGAAUAUGAAUCGUGCCCUGAUUUGAUCCUGUGGGAGAAACGGACGGCUGUGCUUCAAGGUUACGAAAUAGACGCUUCCAAACUGGGAGGGUGGUCUCUGGAUAAACACCAUGCGCUUAACAUCCAAAGUGGUAUCCUGCACAAAGGAAACGGGGGGAACCAGUUCAUCUCCCAGCAGCCCCCAGUCAUAGGAAGCAUCAUGGGGAAUGGACGCCGAAGAAGCAUCUCCUGCCCGAGUUGCAACGGCCUGGCGGAUGGCAACAAGCUCCUGGCCCCCGUUGCCCUCACCUGCGGCUCCGACGGCAGCCUGUAUGUUGGCGACUUCAACUACAUCCGGAGAAUCUUCCCUUCGGGAAAUGUCACCAAUAUUUUGGAGUUAAGAAAUAAAGAUUUCAGACAUAGUCACAGCCCAGCUCACAAAUAUUAUCUGACCGCCGAUCCCACCUCUGGAUCCAUCUACCUCUCUGACACCAGCAGCCGUCGCGUUUUCAAGAUCAAGUCAACGACGGUGAUCAAGGACAUCGUGAAGAACUCGGAAGUGGUAGCUGGGACAGGAGAUCAGUGUCUUCCCUUUGAUGACACCCACUGCGGAGAUGGAGGAAAAGCAAACGAGGCUACCUUAACAAGCCCCAGGGGCAUCACAGUGGACAAAUUUGGAUUUAUUUAUUUUGUGGAUGGUACAAUGAUCCGACGCGUUGACCAAAACGGAAUCAUCUCAACGGUCCUGGGUUCUAAUGACCUGACAUCCACUAGGCCUCUGAGCUGUGAUUCUGUCAUGGAUAUCUCUCAGGUCCGUUUGGAGUGGCCGACAGACCUGGCCGUCAACCCAAUGGACAAUUCCCUCUACGUUCUGGACAAUAACGUCGUGCUGCAGAUCUCUGAAAAUCACCAGGUGCGCAUCGUGGCGGGCCGGCCGAUGCACUGUCAAGUCCCCGGUAUCGACCACUUCCUUCUGAGCAAGGUAGCCAUUCAUGCCACUUUGGAGUCCGCCACGGCUGUGGCGGUCUCGCACAGCGGCGUCCUGUACAUCGCCGAGACCGACGAGAAGAAGAUCAAUCGGAUCCGACAAGUCACCACCAACGGCGAAAUUUCGCUGGUUGCCGGC